AUACAUCCUUUUUAAAAAUUUGGGUGCUGAGCGGGGGCUCGUGGAGGAGUGGCACGCUGCUUCCCAGUCUCUCUUCCACGCUCCUGAUGCUUCCUAACCCCCUAAUCUUGACUGCAGAUGCAAAUAGUCUAAAAAACGUCCCUACCAAACAUUUGCAUUUAAACAAAUAGAUAAAGGUCAUUUUGAAAAGCUGCCUCCUCAUGACUGCAGUGUGAGGUGGCAUGUUCCAUGUGUCCCUGCCCUCCUGACAGCCUGGUUAAAGCUCCCACCGUGGCACGCCACUCCACUCAGUAUGGUGCUGCACACUGGGAUUUAACUACUGUAGGCAAAUACAGCAGAGGGACAACAGAGAGGCCUGUGUGUGUAUGAGUGUGUGUGCAUGAGUGUGUGUGUGCAUCAGACUGCUCAACAGCAUCAUGGACGCAGAAUAUUCGAAGAGAGUUUACCAAGGCGUCCGAGUCAAGCACACGGUCAAAGACCUGCUGGCGGAGAAGAGGUCCAGGCAGACCACCGGGACCAGAUACAGUGGAGGAUCGACCACUCCACCUUCAUUUGUCCAGAUGCCAGGGUCUCACAUGCUGCCCAGCUACUACGGCAUGAGGCGUCCCUUCAUCUCCGACUCAGACUUCUGUCCGUCCACCAAGCAGUUUUCCCCCGACGUCUACUCCUCCACCCUGGGCGGUAAACCUCUGGGCUGCGAUCCCUCCUCAAUGACCAGCUACUCUUCCCUCAUUGACAGCUACUACCCAGAGGCCUUUGGGGAUUACCGCAGCGCUGCCACCUUCUCCAGCUCUGGAGGGUCCUUCCUGCCCUCGUCAGCCCUCUCAUCCCUGCUGCCCCCCUUCAGUGGAGAGUCCUCACAUCUGUUUCUGAGAGACUCGUGGGAACAGUCGGUUCCAGAGCCAGUAUCCCAGGUGGACGCUCUCUGUGCGGACAGCCUGGCCCCCGUCAGCGUCCCGCCCUCCAUGCCCAGCCCAGAGCCCCCGGGUAGCCCCUCCCAGUACCGGUCCACCAGCCGAGGCUCCUCCAUGGGCUCCGUGUCCAGCAGCCAGCCCUACACGCUGCACCCCCUGGAGGACACCCACUACCACCCUUUAACCACCAGCAGCUCCUACCCCGUCCCCUCCUCCUCCUUCCCCUGUCCUCCCUACAUGAGCAGCUCCGCCAGCGACCUGGUGUCCAAGAUGGUGACGGAGGAGGCCGACGGCCACGGCAGCCUCCCGCCCACCGGCGAGGCUCAAGGCUCCUGGGUAAAAGAGGACGGGGUGAACUCCUGGUCGCCCUACGAGAUCAGGAGGGCCUACUGACGGAUGACUUGCUCACCUGGAGGUUUCGCAGACACUUAAACCAGGAACCCAACGAGCACAUGAGAGGUGUUUGUAGAUACGUGUUCAGUGCGUUUCCAGAGUAUCGGUGUGUCGAUAUUACAGCCUGAUCCAAUGGAAGUCCCUGCUUAUUUCUAAGAAACAAAAAAACUAAACAAAAAAAGUCUUUUUGUAUAAUUUAUAUGAAAAAGGGGUGAGAAAUAACUCUAAACUCUCUAACCCUCAAACUGAAAAUAAACAACAACAGUCAAUAAAAUAGGACAGUCUCGUUCAUGGUGUAAGAUAUGAGGAUUUGUGGUUGUUGUAAAACCAUGUGACCAUGAACUUACAUGGUUCUUGAACCACAGUGAGCACUUCUGCAGUUACCAGUGGGCUGUGGGGUAAUCUGACAAGAUGAAAUAAUAAUUCAGUAAAAUGUACAGUAUAAAUAUGUUAACAUGUUUGUGUUUAGGUGAAAAUACAGGUAGGAUCUCAGAUUAGUGCGACGCUGAUAUUUACUGUCCAUAUAACCAAUAAACCAGCAGCUACAACAGGCCAGCGCACAGGACCCCAGCCUGAGCAGAGACGGCAAGAGACACGGUUGAAAUAACGGAUGAAUAGUUCAGAUGUCGAGUUUCACACCAAACAAGUCACUGAUUUAACACCUGGAUCCACAUCCAAGAAGAUUAUUGGUUCUUUUUUAAAGGAGCUUGUCAGAUAUACUUUAGUACAGAGUCUGUGAGUGGAUGUCAUUCAUGUGGAACAAUUAAAAUAAAACAAAGAGCUGCUGUGGAUAGAAUUAAAUUCUGUUGGAGGGGCCUGGAUCCUCUGACACUUUACUUUAACCCCCCUCUCUUUAUCACUCAAACAGCACUGU